AUGAAUCAUCCUUCUUCCUGUCCUGAAGAUCGCCCAGGUGCUUCAUCAUCAGCAGAAGAAGAGAAUUCAAAAAGUGAAGCUUCAGAAGGAGAAGCUGAAAAAGUCGAGAUUUCAGGAAGUGAAGCAUCAGAAGGAGAAGGAGAAAGUGAAGAUGAUUCUGAUGAUUCCAACUUUGUUGAAUCCCUAGAGAGUCAUAAACGUAAGCGAACCAAAGCUGCAAACAAACCCACUUCUUCAUCUUCUUCAAAAGCAAAAUCAAGUAGUAACAUAGUUGAGAAGAGACGAAAACGAACACCCAUUUCAAGGCUAAUCAGUGUUGAGGAUGAAAUUGCGAUUCUGAAAGGCUUGAGGGAAUGGAAAAGGAAAGGUUGGUUCCCUCUAUUAGCUGGUCAAGAGUUUACUGAUUAUGUUAAAGACUCGUUGCAUUUUAAUCCUGUAAAUAAAUCUCAAGUGGUUCGCCAAGUUUGGCAAUUGAAGAAGAGAUUUUGUAAAUUCUUAGAGAAGAAGAAUGAUGAUGAUGCAGACCCUGUGUUUGAGGAUCCUAAUGAUUAUAAAUUGUAUUUGAUUAUGAAAGAUAUUUGGGGUGAUGAGUACCCAGUAAUAAGGAAAAAGAAUGUGAAGUAUGAUGAUGAUGAUGAUAAUUUAGGAAGGAAUGGUAAUGGUAGGGAAGUGAAAGCUAAAAGGGAGCUGCUUGAUAAAUUACCAGUGUUGGGAAUAACAGAUUGUAUUUCGGAGGAAGGUUUGAAGUUGAUUGGUGAUGCUAAGGUGAAGAAGUUUGAGAAGAAAUGGAAGAAAUUGCAUCAAGAGGAGCUUCAUUUGAAUUUGAAACGUACGGAAUUGAUGGAAGAAAUGACACAGGCUCUUCUUGCAGCUGUCAAGGCGUUGAAGGAUUAA